UCGACUAACACGAAACGAAAGGCCAUCAUAUCCUUCAACGACUGCCACCGCUGUUAGCACAAAACCAGACAUUCGGAGCUUUGUCACGAUCGACGCACCAAGUGCGUGCUGGCAGAAAAAAAACGCGCGUGAAAUUUACAAAAAACAGUCAAGAAUAAAUAUGGCAGGACGCAUCAUGGCAGUGAAAGAGAGUCUGGAGAAGGCACUCAAGGACGAUAACAAACCCUGGACCAAAUACCUGGCAUUAGCCGAACAAAAAACCGGUGUCGACAGGGUCUACAUCUUCGUCGCCUCAGUCUUAUUCUUGGCACUCUACCUUGUAGUUGGAAUAGGACAGCAAUUGGUGUCCAACAUAAUUGGCUUCACAUAUCCAGCAUACUGCUCUAUGAAAGCCAUAGAAACAAAGCAAAAAGAUGAUGAUACCAAAUGGCUUACUUACUGGGCAGUAUUUGCUGUGUUCACUAUUGCGGAAUAUUUCUCUGAUUUUAUUGUUGGUUGGUUCCCAAUAUACUGGCUUGCUAAAUGCUUGUUCUAUAUUUGGCUCAUGAUUCCUACUGAAUAUAAUGGAUCCCUGAUCUUAUACCGCCGUGUGAUUCGUCCCAAAUUUCUCCAAUACCAACCCAAUGUAGAUAGUCUUUUAGAAAAUGCCAAAAAAGCUACUGGUGGACUGUUAAAUGAAAAAUCAGAGUAAAUUCAGUUACUGCCUAACGUGACUUACGUUCUCCAAAAACUAGUAAAUUAAGAUAUGUUCUUCAUACCCAUUCCUACAUUGAUAUAUGCAAUAAUUUUGCGCAAAAAGUAUCCUUAUCCUUACAAGAUUAGUAAAUAUAAAUAAUUUUAUUUAUAAAUCAAAAUUAUGUAGUACCAAUUAUGGUGCUAUGUACAAGCUUCUAUUUAUUUGCAUUUAGUUACCAACUAAAGCUGUAAUUUUAUACCAAUUUAAAAAACAAAUUUUCACAGUGCCUAUGAGUUAAAUUUUCGAUAUUUAAAGGGUUGCAAUGUUGUAAAAUAUUUGUAAAAAUACUUUCAUGUGCCAUUCCUUAUUUUUUUGCUUGCUUAUGCAUCUAUAACAAUUGUGUGCAUAUUAAUUGUAUUACCAAUGUUGAUAUAUGUAAAUUUUUUUUUUUUACGUCUUUGUAAACUAAUUAACAAUUUUUUCAAAAUUCUUCC